AGGAGAUCAUUGCUAGCACUUUGACAUUCUUCAACUCAAAUAAUCUCGUUUAACUUUCUCCUUGAAUUCAAGGGCGAGGCAUCUAUUAGCCAGUCUGCGCCAGCCGUUUCUCUACAACCCCCUCGUUGCUCCUUUACUACCCACCCACUCGUCGCCUCAGAGCAGAAACAAGCAUAUCAGAAGAUCUCUGCUACUGGUUAUCACAUAAACCUCGGUGGCCUUACUCUGCGUCGCAUUUGCGGUUCACCUCCCGCAAGACAACGUCGUAACUAUUUGGAAACAACGGCUGGUGAUGAGCUAACCUGCGCAGUGACUGAACUGUGUGCAUCUGAAGAAGCGUGAAUCUCCACUGCAUUGGAUCAAAGGUUUUCUACAAUCCGAUAGACUAGCGGGUGCGACAUCAAUACUUUUGGCACCUGAUCUGCAGCGCUUUGCUAAAGAUGCCUUCUAAGCGCUUUAAGAUGGACCAUGAGCACUCGAACGUGUUGCCCUCCUAUUAUUUCCAAAAAGCAGAGCAGAAUGUUGAGCAGUGUCUGUUUGGAGAACAGCCCGGUUCUGACAUCUUGUCGCUACCAACUCAGAACGCAGCUAUGGACGAUUCGAAAUCAGCGCUACGAGCCUACGGCAUGCAGCUGACGAAAGCCACUUGCUCCUCAUGCAGCACAUCCCUUCUUCCAGACGCAAAUUCAGCGGCAAAGAUAGCUGAGAGUUUACAUAAUCUUGACGCGUCAAGCUUCUUUUCGUGUCAGAAAUGCUACAUCCGAACAUGUAUCGGCUGCGGGAUGAGUGCGCGAGCCUUGCGACGGCCAGCACAAUUCCGCUCCUGCUGCCCACAGUCUCAGAUAUUUUGUAUUUGGAUUUGGCUCUGUGCACCCGAAAUUCCAUACCACGCAAAGGAGGACACCAAAAAGCAGUCAAAAGAGGACUUCUCUAAGCCCACUAGUCCAGAAGCAAGCACAAAAGACUUCCCCUUCAGGAAACCCAACGGAACAGGGUAUGGUGGCGCCAACAGCUAUAUUGGCACUUCCUCUGCGGAUUAUAGCGAUGAAGAAUUCCCAUCGCAUGUUUUUCACAAACAGUCACCAUCACGUUUGCGUGGUAGAUAUUCUCUAAAUAACGUAAAGCUCAACAAAGAGGUCAUUUUAGCUCAACGACUAUUUCGGGCGCUUAAUGAGCUACUCUCUGAACACUUUGCAAAUGAGGCAUACCUUCAGGCACCACCGUCUCUUCUCUUUACGAUGUUUCAAAGAAGUCGGGCGUUAGAAAUAAUGGCAACAAUGCUUCGAACGGACAGCUUUGAAGAGAUCGCCUCUAAUUCGGACCUGUUCUGCAACAUUCUUGACCUUAUCGCCAAACUAGCAGAUCACUAUCGCUUGGCUCCACUUGUUUUAGGGCCAAGGAGCCUGUACCCAGUAGAGCAAGGCUUGUUGAGUACCACUCUGCUUUCACACCAUAUCCUUUUACCUAAGAACCAGGAUCCGAAUGAAGUUGCUCCUAUCAUACAGCUCCUUGACAAAUUCUUCCAUUCCACAUCUAAUUUACGCAAACAAGCAACCAGGAUGCAAGAAGAGUUUCUCGACACUGAAAGCCGAAGACUCCUUAGAGUUUGUGAACAUGCCGACAAGAUAUUCCAUUUUGUCCAAGAAAGAAUGAAAGCAUUCAGUAUCCCACCUACCUCCUGCAGCAAGCCAGAAGCAGAACCAGUCAUGACCUUGGCACACCAAAUGGCAGCAUGGCAUCGUGAACAUUGUGUCGAGUCUGUAGACGAUGACACUUUCAAACAUGAUUUCUAUUUUGUAAAAGAACAACGGAGCAAAGUCCAUCCUGCCAAAGGACGAAUGAAACGAAUUCUCACGGAAAUUGCAACAUUACAGUCGGCUCUUCCGGAAGGGAUCUUCGUUAGAUAUGCAACUUCUCGCCCAGAUCUUAUGAAAGUACUCAUUAUAGGUCCCAGAGAGACGCCGUAUGCGCAUGGUCUCUUUGAAUUUGACAUGAUGUGCCCAUGGAACUAUCCCCAGUUGUCGCCCAAAAUGCAUUUCAAGACCACUGGAAAGGGAACAGCACACUUUAAUCCAAAUCUGUACCCUGAUGGCAAGGUUUGUCUGUCGCUGCUGGGCACUUGGAGCGGUCCAUCGUGGGAACCAAAUCGAUCCACCAUCUUACAGGUGCUAGUUUCCAUCCAGGCCAUGAUCUUUUGUUCGGAGCCUUGGUAUAAUGAGCCGGGAAGGGAAGGUCGCGAGAUGAAAGAUCAGUCAAGGAGGUUCAAUGCAGAGGUGCAAAUCUUGACCAUUAGACACGCACUUGUAGAUGUCCUUGUCCAAGCAACCAAAUCUCGGAGUCAAGGAUGCUGGCAUGAUGUAAUUGAGAAGCAUUUUCGAACAUAUGGUAGUGAGAUAAUGAACACAUUGAAGGAUUGGCAGAAGAAGGCAGAAAAAAUGCCUGACAGAAUGGAGGAGAAUCGCUUCGCGUUCAAAAUAUCGUCUCCACCAUUGUCGACGGCCACGAGUCAAUCAAAGUUGCCCAAAACAUUCUCCUCCGGCUUUCAACAGGAAACACAGCCAGAUACAGGGAAGCAAAGCGUGCUCCCGACCUGGCAUGAAACUCUUUGGCCUAAAUAUUCACAAGUUUAUGCACCUCAUCCACACUAUUCCACGAGUCCAAUGAAACGCGUACUAGGAGCAAAACUUGCCGCGCUGGCGAAUCAUUAUCAAAGUACGCUUGUAUUUCCUACGCCGGGAACAGAUACCUACUUUGUUGAUCUUCAUAUUCCGUCGAAAUUCAACAAUAUACUCCAGGAGAUAGCAGUGACUACUCGACUGCCUCUUGUAGUACCCGAGAACCAGCACACGCAAUGGGCCCCAAACACUGCGCCAAAUUUACCAUCGAAUGAUUCGUUUUACUUUGAUAUGUUUCAGAAGAUCCAGGCAAUAGAGACACAAAGUCAUUUGAACUCUGUUGUAGCAGCGCCGAGUGGAAGUAAUCAAUCAACAUAUCCAACUGCGUUCGCAACGACGUAUCCGUCUUCGAAGACAUACGUCCAAGAUUUCUCCGCUAUUUACCAAGCAAAACAAUCGGAAUCAAAAUUUCCUCAUAGCAAGGAGAGUUCCGCUCUCAAUGAGGUGAACAUGGUAAGAACGAUGGAGAGUUUACAUAAUCAUAAGGUCUUCAGAAUUGCCAUUCUCUACAUUCUGGGACUUGUGGAGAGACUGCUCAGCUCUUUCAAAUUGCUGUUCUCAAUUUCUUAUUUUGACGCUAUGAUCUGACCACAUGUAGGAUAUUUCUACCGAAGGACAGUACGUUGAAUCAUGGUUGGCGUCAACCUACUCGCCUACUCCUAUGCCAGAAACAGACUCCGGAGCUUGGUCCGAUAAGUUAAUGCCAGAUGUACCCGACGAUAUUCUCGCAAAUGGAACUUUGGCUCAACUCUCAGAACGGCUUCAUUCCAUAAUCACACACCUUCAGUCGGCCAAGAAGAUAUUUCCUUCUUCUUCGCCAAAUUAUACGGCUAUUGAGCUGCAGCAAAUGGAUAUUCUCGAAAAGGCAAAUAGAAACAAAUGGAACAAGAAGUUUGCCCUUGACGACUUCGUGGACAACCCAGCCUUCUCAGAAAGCGAGAUUGAUGACGAUUUUCAGGCGUAUUUGCCAGUAUAUGGUGGAAGAGUUUUACAAAAAGAGAUUGAAGCAUUCGAAAAGGCACUUAAAAACUUUCUGGGUGAUGGCUGAGACAUUUGAGCACGGGUAGAGGUUGAAACGCGGCUUGGAAGUGUAAUGUACACAGUGUUGAGCAGUUACGAGGCAUAGUAGUAAUCAAAUAUGACCAUGAG